CGCGGUGCACUGUGGGCGGUGAUGGCGGACACCCGGAGUCAGUUGUAUUUGGGCGCGGGGCUGACGGUUCUCUCGCACCCGCUCAUGUACGUCAAGCUGCUAAUCCAGGUUGGCCAUGAACCCAUUGCACCGGUGAUGGGUCGGAACAUCUUCAGACGACCAGUUCUCCAGCUGCCUGGACUCUUCACAUAUGCCAAGCACAUUGUGAGCAUUGAUGGAAAGCGGGGUCUGUUUAAAGGCCUAACACCUCGCUUGUGUGCAGGAACCAUCGGGACCAUUGUACAUGGCAAAGUACUACAGAGCUAUCAGGAGAUGAAAGAAAAUGAGUGCACUGAAAUAGAGAAAAUUGGGGAGGAACCGUCACUGCAUCGUGUGUUUGAAGAGACAAUGCGAGAGAUGAUUGCUCGCUCCACAGCCACUGUUGUCACUCAUCCCUUCCACGUAAUCACCUUACGAUGCAUGGUGCAAUUUAUCGGCCGAGAAACCAAAUACAGUGGCUUAUUUGGUUCCAUAGUGACAAUCUAUGAGGAAGAGGGAUUUUUUGGCUUUUUCGCUGGUCUGUUUCCUCGACUGCUGGGCGAUGUGAUUUCCUUAUGGCUUUGUAACAUGUUGGCCUAUCUCAUCAACACCUAUGCGCUGGAGCCCCCCAGUCAGGGCUCACAGAUCGGGGAGCUGAGAAGUUACUCGCAGGCUGUGACUGGGUUCCUAGCCAGCAUGCUGACGUAUCCCUUCGUGCUCGUCUCCAACCUGAUGGCAGUCAACAACUGUGGGCUAGCUGGUGGUCUCCCUCCUUACGCAGCAGCAUACUCUUCAUGGAUUGACUGCUGGCGCCAGCUAAGCCGAGAGGGAAACCUGAGCCGAGGAAAUAGUCUAUUUUUCCGGAAGGCUCCAACUGGACGAACGUAUGCCGUUGAACAAAAGCGGUUUGUGUAGGUGCACAAGGUGAUGAGCUGCGAACUGAAAGGGUGAGGGGUGGGAGGUGCAGUCUAAUUUGUAUGAUUGUGUUUACAAUGACGUACAUGCUGUUUUUAAUGAUGUAUUGUUGAUCCACACUGGCACAAUUGAGUUAUUUUAUGAUGGAAUGAGAUUGGUCUUUGAUUUAAAGAGGAAUGUAUUUUAAUUCCCUGUUUGUUACCAGUGGUUUGUACAGUGAGUGGUUUCUUCGUGAAAAUGGGGCUGGUGUUCUGAGUGCCAUGUUCCUGGGAAUGGGGCACUCUGUCCUCGCAGCAGCAUUCCAAUGUUAGAUUUGAUGCUAUGGUUACCCACCUCCCACUUCCAGCAUGUCAUCAAGUCCAUCUUACACAUAAGAGCAGUAUCUGAUGAUCCCCGGAGAUGUACUGUUCAAAAUUUCUGGUCUAGCUGACUCCUUGUUCAACUCUGACCUGCCCAAAUGUUUGAUAGUGAAUGAGGAGUGGGGCAGCGAUACAGUCUGGUCACUGCAACCUCCCACUUUUAGUAGCCGGGAUGUCAGUGACUGCUGUUUGGUGGAAAGAGCGAACGUUUAUCCUGCUGCUGAUGCUCUUCACUUUCCUCUCCUCCUCAGCAGGAGGGUGGUGAGCAGCAUUGAAAAUACUGUGUACCUCACUGCAUUGUCCAGUUUUCCUGAGUGAGGCCCAAGUCAUGAGCUGUUGGACUGGGGAGGAGGUUGGUGGCUGUGAUGGUGGCUGGGAAUGUUGCAGCCAGUCCUGAUUGCGUUCACCCAUUUUCCAUCAGGAUGGGAUCAGGAGCAGUUGCAUCGUCUGGUUUCCCUGUUCUCAACAGAGGUACUGAGCCCAGUUAAAACAGGAUUGCAGGCCAGUCUGCAACUUGGCUAAUUUGGCAUUGACCAUAGGUUCCUCUUGGGUUUUUCUGUUUGAUCUACACCUCAAUCUGGCACACCUUUCUGCUUGGCCUGACAGAGUGAGAUGGGCAUCAUUUUCCCCGUUUCUAAAUGAAAAUGAAUAUUUUUGUUUUGUUUCUCCUGAUCCUGUAAUGGGACCAGUCCGUACUCGGGGAGCCAGCUGAUGUGAACAUUUCCCAAGUCCUUGUGACAGUCCUGACUGCAGUGAGUGUCUAGAGCCAGCACUGGGGAGUAUUGUACAGCCCCUCCAUCUGCACUGGUUUCUUGCUGAAUGAGAUACAACGAUAAACAGGAGUAAAGCAGGCAUUUAAGUGUAGGAUUCAUCAACUGCCACAUGUUGGGGUCUAUUUAAUAAAGCUAAUUUGCAUAGCACUGUCACAUUUUGUAAAAUACAUCAUUCUGACAGUGGCUGCACCCCGUGCUACACGGAGUCUAGUCACUCAACCAUUUCGCUUGUUCCAUGAAUGUUAUUCUGCUAAGUUCAAUUUAGAAAAAAAAUUAUAUCUAAUUAAAACGCUAAUUAAAAAUGUUUGAUUCCAGUACAAAUGAGAGAAUUUCUGCUCUUGCCCUGUGUUGGGAGCUUGCAUUUCCCUUUUCAGGAUGACCCGAUAAUCUGAUGAAUCAGGCCUGUUUGACAUCUCUUUCUGUCAUCUACAUUCACCCAUUCAGGAGUUGCCCAUAAAGCCUUGUCUCUAAGUGAACAUGAGGAUUGGCUAGUGACAUACAAGAGUGUUUAGUUUUUUAAAGAUAAUGAAAAAGUUAAGUCAGGCGGCACGGUGGCACAGUGGUUAGCACUGCUGCCUCACAGCACCAGGGACCUGAGUUCAAUUCCCGCCUCAGGCGACUGUCUGUGUGGAGUUUGCACGUUCUCCCCGUGUCUGCGUGGGUUUCCUCUGGGUGCUCCGGUUUCCUCCCACAAUCCAAAGAUGUGCAGGUCAGGUGAAUUGGCCAUGCUAAAUUGCCCGUAGUGUUAGGUAAGGGGUAUGGGUAGGUUGCGCUUCGGCGGGUCGGUGUGGACUUGUUGGGCCGAAGGGCCUGUUUCCACAUUGUAAGUAAUCUAAUAAAAUUAAUUGGUGCCUUCCAUUGGUAUAGUAUACACUGUGAAAUCCCGUGUGAAUUGGAAUUGGAAAUUGAUACAUAUAUUUGAUCAUCCCAAGUGCAAUAGGGAAGGGCUGAAUAGUCAAGUGAUUAGCUGCUGUUUCUGAACUGGCACUCCAUCCCCUCCCUCCUUCACUGACACUCAGUAGCAGCAGUGUGGACCAUCCACAGGAUGCAUUGCAGCAACUCUCCAAGGCUCCUUCAACAGACCUUCCAAACUCCUAACCACUGCCAUCUAGAAGAAAGAGGACAGCAGAUACUUGGGAACACCGCUAUCUGCAAGUUACCCUCCAAGCCAGACUUGGAAAUAUAUUACAAUUCCUUCAGUGUUGCUGAGUCAAAAUCCUGGAACUCCCUCUCUAAUGCCAGUUGGGUGUAUCUUCAGCCAAGACUGCAGUGGUUCAGGAAGGCAGCUCACCAUCGCCUCAAGGACAAUAACACUGCUCCAGCCAGCAACUCCCAUAUAUAGUGAAUAAAUAAAUAAUAUACAUGAAACAGGAACAAAGGAGACAGCAAACAUACAAAGGCAUCAUUAUCUUCAAUCUUGUAACACCAAAGAUUGGAGUUCAAUAUACAACUAUAAAAGAUUAAUGGGAAAGAAAUGAGAAAGCUGAACAUAGCAAUUCAGGAAGCUAUUUAAAUGCAGCUUCUUUUAAUGAUAUAAUGUUAACCCAUGUGCAGCAGGAAAAUAUAAUGUAAAGGAUGAGCGUUCAGUGAUGAAUACUGGACUGUAGAGCAGCCAAGAGAGCAGUCUGGAUAUAGUAGAGUGCCAUCAGAUAAAUUAAUUGGUUUGAAGACAUUGAGCACUUUAAAGAAAAUGCCUUGUGGCUGUUCGGCUCAUAGAGUCUGCACGGACCUUCCAAAGAACAUCUCACCCAGACCCAGCUCCCUAUUACUGUAUCUCUGUAACUCCACGUUUAUCAUGGCUAAUCCACCUAGCCUGCACAUCCCUACACCCAAUUUAGCAUGGCUAAUUCAUCUAACGUACACUGCUGUGGACCAUGGGAGGAGACUGGAGAACCCGGCAAAAACCUACGCAGAUAUGGAGAGAAUGUGCAAACUCCACACAGGCAGUCACCCACGGCUGGCAUUGAACCUAGGUCUCUGGAGCUGUGAAAACAAAGAAUGAUGCAACACAAAACAAGUCUUUCACCCUUCCAAGCCUGCGCCAACACAUUUUGCCUUCCAUAUUAAAACUGUCUUCAUUUACAGGAUCCAUAUCCCUCUAUUCCCUUCCUGUUCAUGUAUUUGUCCAGGUGUUUCUGGAAUGCUGUGGUGGAAUAUUUCCUCCACCACCUCUGGCAGCGCGUUCCACGCACUCACCACUCUUUGCAUGAAAAACGUACCUUGUGCAUCUUUUUUAAACUUCCUCCUCCCUGCAGCUAUGAGGCAGCAGUGUUAACCACUGACCUACCAUGGGCAAUGAUUUCCAAUAAAAAUGCUUUUUGUUUUGUGAAA